AAAUCCCAACUAUAACUAUUCUGAAUCUCCCUCUCCUUCUAAAUCUUAAUUAGUUUUCCUAUAAGAGAGGGUUAGGCAUGCUGCUAAUUUUCCUAGAGCUAACCGCUCAAUCAAUAGAGGGUGGUCGAGGUCAUUUCCAAAGAAGAGAGAGAGACCUUUUGAAUGUUGCCAUAUAAGAGGCCAUUAUAAGCCAAAAAUAAGAACUUGCUGCUUGUACCAGUUAGGGAAAUGGAAUCUCAGGUAUAAGGGUGGCAAAAUUCAGCUAAAGUGAGUAUUUUCAAAUUUAUCGUCAGAAUUCUGUCCCCUAUUUUUUUCCCAAAAGCAGAACUAGUUUCCCUCCACCGAUGGUGAAGAGAGAAUGUUUUCAUCCAUCCCUCCAUUUGGAGCGAAGAAGUUCAGAGUUCAAGAACGAUAAGGGGUUGGGUUCGACAUAGGAGUUGAUGAUGGAUGAUGAAUCAGAGUCCAAUCUAACGUACAUAACACAUGUGAAGAGACAAUCUCCCCAUGUCCAGAAAACAGUUAUACUUCGAUAUCAUUCUCUCUCUCUCUCUCUCUCUCUCUCUCUCUCUCUCUCUCUCUCUCUCUUUUGUUGGUAAUCCUCUUAAAUGGAUAUCCUUUACUUUUCGUGUAGACAAUUUUUGUCUCAUCGGCGUGAGCCAUUGAUUGAAUUAAAUGAAAUCGUAAAUAGUGGAAGAAACCCAAAAGAACAUUCUUCCAUCAUUAAAAUCAAGAAUCUAAAAGCGGAGAUUAGGACAGUUAUGGAAAUCAAGGCUUAUCAAGACAAAGCUGAGUUACUGGUCAGGGACUACUUGCUAGCUCAUCCUUAUAUCCCGUACACUUCUAUCCUUGGUGGUAUUUUUGCUUGCAAAAUGGCCUUUGACAUUACCCAGUUGAUUAGUGCGUAUUACUUCAAGAGCUUUGCUGCUCUGACAAAAAUCCAACGGAUUGAGUGGAGCAAUAGGGGUAUCUCCACUUUUCAUGCCAUUUUUAUCACAAUCAUGUCAUUAUACUUUGUGAUUUUCUCAGAUCUCUUUUCUGACCAUAGACUUGCUGGCCUUGUUAUAUUCCGAAGUUCAACUCUCUCUACUUUUAUACUGGGGGUUUCUGUUGGAUAUUUCCUUGUGGACCUUGGAAUGAUAUUUUGGUUCUAUCCUUCACUUGGUGGAAUGGAGUAUGUUCUCCACCAUCUGAUUUCUCUAGUUGCAGUGGCGUACUCUAUGUUGUCUGGAGAGGGGCAGCUUUACACCUACAUGGUUCUCAUCUCUGAGGCGACAACCCCAGCAAUCAAUUUGAGAUGGUAUCUUAGCACUUCUGGAAUGAAGAGGUCCAGUGCAUACCUCGUUAAUGGGGUUGUAAUAUUCUUUGCUUGGCUGGUUGCAAGACUUCUCCUGUUCACUUACAUAUUUUACCAUGUCUACUUGCAUUCUCAUCAGGUUAUGCAGAUGCAACCACUUGUUCGUCUCAUGGUAUUCGGGGUACCAUCAGUGCUAUUUAUCAUGAAUUUGUUGUGGUUCGCAAAGAUUGUCAAAGGAUUGAAGAAGACAUUGGCAAAGAGGCAGUGAAUGAUAUACAUGAAUGUAUUUUUCGGUGUACCAGUCCUGUACAAUGUCUUUUCCUUUCUUUUUUUUUUUUAAACUCUGUAAAUGAUAGGAGGAAGGGGGAAGAGGGGGGAGCUAACUCUUAGCUAAAUAGUACAACUAAGGAACUAUGGUUUCUGAUUCAUUGUGAUUUCAAAAUGUUGUAAAGGAAUUGAAUAAUGCAAUCGAAUGUAUACAUGGAUUAUGCCCA